CGGUCGGUGUCACCGAGUCGGACGCUGAUGUGAGUCCACAGUCUCGGCGCGUCUUCACCCACCUCACAGCAGCACGUCUGUCCACCGGCACCUUUCUGUUGCUCGUCUUCAUGGAGGAGUCCGGACCGUGGAAGUGAACUUCACCUCGACUCUCCUCACGCACGGCAGGAGUCCCCGCACGCACGCACGCACGCACGCACGUACCCACCUUCACCGGUCGAGCACCGCGCCGACGCUCCGGGCACAAACCGACACCAUGAGUCUGAAAGCGGACGCGGAGUCCAACGGCGGCGGCGGCGGGUCCAUGGAGGAGGAGGUAAGAACGCUGUUUGUCAGUGGCCUGCCGGUUGAUAUCAAGCCAAGAGAACUUUACCUUCUCUUCAGACCUUUUAAGGGUUAUGAAGGGUCACUGAUUAAGUUAACAUCAAAACAGCCUGUCGGGUUUGUAACCUUUGACAGUCGCUCUGGAGCCGAAGCAGCGAAAAAUGCAUUGAAUGGUAUCCGUUUUGACCCCGAAAGUCCCCAGACCCUGCGCUUAGAGUUUGCUAAAGCCAACACGAAGAUGGCAAAGAGUAAGCUGAUGGCCACACCGAACCCCACAAAUAUCCACCCUGCUCUAGGAGCUCACUUCAUUGCACGGGACCCAUAUGACCUGACGGGGGCAGCACUGAUCCCAGCGUCACCAGAUGCCUGGACCCCUUACCCCCUGUACACCACAGAGCUGACACCAGGCCUCCCUCACACAGCCUUCACCUACCCAGCAGCUGCUGCCGCUGCUGCAGCCCUCCAUGCCCAGAUGCGCUGGUACCCAACUCCAUCUGAGAAUUCCCAGCCUGGAUGGAAGUCUCGGCAGUUUUGUUAAAUAACUUGGCACCUGGAAGCAACACCUUUGUCUGAAGUGAGGUCUGCCAAGUUUGUCAUUAAUAUAAUCAGGUUUAUUUAAGACAGAUGUGCAUUAUAAGCAGUAUUUAUAGCUCCUCCCAGUGGUGUUAGGUGGAGUUUGAGUUGAAACUAUCUUGCUGUCGACAAUCUGAGCUUUUCCUUGGCAACUACUGUGGUACUGUCUUAGCACUUCAACAACCUCAUGCAAGCCUAGCUGUACUCUGUGGAUCAUAGAGGCUGGCAGAUGUUUCCCAGGUGGUUCAGCCUGUCCUUCCAUGGAUUACCACAGCUUCUGAGAGGUUUCGAAGCAUUAAGUUAUUGCAUGUUAAAUUCUUCUUCUUUUUUUUUUUGUCAUGAAUAGAACAAAAAGUUCAGUGUAUCCUGAUUUUUAGUGUUUGCUUCUUUUCCCUGGCCUAGGCAGCAAAGUGUUUAUUUCUUCUAGACCCUGGUCUUACGUCUGAAAGCCCAGCUGCUGUGUAAAUGGCUCAUCUCGCAUGGACCUGAGUCCCUUAACCUGAUCAUAUCAGUGUCUGUCGGCGUUUGAACAAAACAACGCAAACGCUAAUGUGUAUAUUUAUACUUUUGUAACUAAAUGGACCUGUAUGGUAUAGACGUCUAGUAAUCUGUGCUUUUUUUUUUUUGGAGGGGCGGGGAGAUAACUUGAGAUCUUAGAAUCUUUUUGAAGUAGUUUUAAAGGAGAGUGCAAUUUGUUUAAAGGUCAUGUGGGUAUCUGUCAAGAAGUAUUCUGAACAUGGUCUGUGCCAUUCUGCUAAAAUGAGAUUGCAGUUUAAAGAGAAAAAAAACUUCUGAAUGUGAAACUAGACAAAGGGUUGCUUUUAGGGAGCCAUUUUGGAAUGGGAAGCAGGAUUAGAGUGGAGAAAUUUAGUUUGUGGUUUAGAAAAUGUCUUUGUAUCUGCUGUGCAUAAGAUGUUACAAUCCUGUCAUGAAUAAAUAUAACUGAAUGCA